GAGGAGGAGGAGAAGGAGAGUCUGAGGGAAACAACUUAAGACGGUGAGAACAGAAGACGUUAGUGAGUACACGGUGAGAGCAGACACAGAGAGAGAAAGAGAGACUAAAGACCUGGAAUAUUCCUCACCAACAAACAGAGAUGACGUCACUUUGCUGGAACCUGGCUGCGCUUCUCCUUUUUCUGAGUGCCUCGCCUCUCCUCAACUCCCACCAUUUCACCUACGCUGCCUCUACUUCCCCUCCCAUCACUCAUCCACAGAUCAAAUUCAUCACCGGCUUGGGCUCAGAUAAGAACUAUGAAGAUGACUACCCUGAUGAGGAACACCCUCCUGAAGUGCCGUCCUCCGUGAGAACUCCCUUUCUCCACGCAACACCGCAGCUCUGCCAAUACGACUCCUGCUCAGAGAAUCAGGAGCCCUGUGCUGAUCUUGUCAGAAAGACUGGGUGCCUUUGUCCCGGGAUCAGUGGGGCUGAUGUGCCUCCUCAUGCACCACGCAUCCAAGCACUGCUGCCAAUCAGUAAAGGGGAUGACAGAGGAAAGGUAGAGGUCCAGUGGUGUGCUCCAUCUUCUGUGGUGUCUAGAUACAGGGUGGUGAUUCAGGUAAGUGAAGGAGAUGUCCUGGAGUUUGGGGACGUUUCGCGCAGGGGUUUGGUUGGAUCUUUGGAAGCUGGGACCAAGGUGUGUGUGGAGGCGGUGAACAAGGCAGGACACAGCAUCCCCUCAGACUUCUCCUGCAUGCGGUAUGACCCUCCUGCAUCUUCUGACCAUGAACUGUUAAUUGGGGUCAUUGCAGGAGGAGUCGCCUUUCUGUUACUUCUCAUCAUAGCAGCCGUGAUCCUCUGGAAGUAUCAAAUGCAUCAGAAGGCAAAGAGAGACUCCACUGAUGGACUGGGCAACCCGUCUUACAGCACAGAGGGAACACUGUGAUCCAGACUAGUUCAGCACCGACAAUCCAUCCCGUUCACACUGAACAGGCCUCCCCGAGACAGGGGGCACCGUCACAGCGUAAUCACGAACAAAAGCCAAAUCGUUCCGGGGUGGUGUCGUGAUUGAUUGUAGAAUUAAGAAAUUGUAUACAGUCCUGUUUCAAGGAAUAUGUAAAUAUACUGGGGAGUAGUGUUCAUGUAAUAACACUAACAAAUGGGUAAUUCUUUACCUUUAUUUUGAGGUUAGAACUACAAGUUUAUUUGCUGGCAAAUUAACCCUUGUAGGUUUAUUGUUAUUAUUAUGGGUUUAUUGUAGUGUUUUUAUAUAUCUUGUUUUAUCAUGGCUGAAUUUGAUUUUAAAUAUUGUUGAUUUUUAGGAUGUAUUGACUGAAACUUUUGUAAUAAACUAAAUCUUA